UCUGCUUCUCUUGGUUUGUUGUGUGGUGGAGACCUGCUGGGAACUGCCUGAACCUCUGUACUCUGCUGGAAUCCUGUUUGCCAUUGCUCCUCUCCAGCUGUUUGCACCCGUGACCAUGAACAGAUCACCUCACCCCCGUGCCUCAGUUUCCCCUGGGGACAGUGACAGUGGAACCUGUGGCAUGGGAGGGUGAGAAGUGCCCUUGGAGCACAGACAUUAGCACAACCUCUGGAAUAUCCCCUCUGCUAGCUGAUCUUGUUCUUGCAGGACUCUACAAAAGAUUUUGGGUCCUGUGGGCUUAGUUCUAGGAAGUGUUAAAAAAUAGUGGGUUUUGGUAUUUCCUAAGACCAGGAGGUCAUUUGCUUAUGGGAUGACCUUCAAUCUGUCCUGUCACUGCCUGCAAUUCUGCUUCCCAGCCUGGUAAACAAGGAUAACUAUUUUUAACGGAACUUUGAGGAUUCAGCAGUGACUGCUUAAAAGAAACCUUGCAAGCAUGUGCCAGGCUUUUGAAGGUCAGGGCUGCUCACAGCAGCUCUGCUCAGGGAUCCCCUGAACAGACACCCAAAACCCUCAGUCCAGGGCUGGUUUCAUCCUCAGAGAGGGGCUGUGCUGCUCUCCAUCAUCCCCAAGAUAGCCUUUAAAGGCUGUAGAAUCCAUUUUAGGUGGAGUUUUACAGUGUGAUGAUGUUUGCUGAGGUGUGUCUCCUGCCCUCCCAGCUGAGCUCGAGUUCCUGGUGCCAGCUGCAGCCCUGGCAGAGGGAAGGGCCCAUAUCAGGUGCCAGGAACACUCUGCAAGUUUAAUGAGGCAGCAGGGAGGUGGGUGCAGCUCAGCUCAGUCACUGCUGCCUGGUUCCUCUCCCUGAGUUACAGAGCCAGGAGCACUGGGGUUAUUUUGGGCUUUAUUCACUUCCUUUUGUAUUACCAGAGACCCCAACCUGGCUUUUUUCUGCCCAUCUCUGGUGAAGCUGCACAGAACCAGCAGUGAGUGGCAGAGCUGUGUUCACCUCUGCUGUAUUUAUUAUCUUCCUGUGUGCAAGCCAUGUUUCUGCUGAACUUGCCCUGUGCUGCUCAGAGGUGGAACCUGCUGGCACUGUUUGUCUACCUUGGCACAUAAAAUCCCAGGUGCACAUCCUGGGCUCCAUGUGGAAGCAAAUAUUGUUCUACACAAGGGAAAUAAUUGUUGGAACAGCACUCAGAGCAAAAGGAUACCAGAGGAGGGCUCUUCCCUGCAUUCCAGGCUCAUUUUGGGCCACCAGACCUUUCUACCCGCCAUCCUGUGCUGCCCUGCAGUGCCCACAGCUGCUGGCCAAGGGCAUUCAGUGUUGGUCAUGGUGGUCACUGAAAACCUAUUUCUUUCCAGCCUGUGCCAUUUCUGGUCUCUGGAACUGUGUCACCAUCAACCCCCUGAACAUCGCAGCUGGCGUGUGGAUGAUGCUCAACGCCUUCGUGCUGUUCCUGUGUGAGGCCCCUUUCUGCUGCCAGUUCAUCGAGUUCGCCAACGCCGUGGCCGCCAGGGCCGACCGGCUGCGGGCCUGGCAGAAAGCAGCUUUCUACUGCGGCAUGGCCGUGUUCCCCGUCAUACUCAGCCUGACGCUGACCACGCUCCUGGGCAACGCCAUCGCCUUCGCCACCGGCGUGCUCUACGGAAUGUCGGCCCUGGGAAAGAAGGGAGAUGCCAUCUCCUACGCCCGCAUCCACCAGCAGCAGAAGCAGAUGGAUGAAGAGAAGCUGACGGGGAGCCUGGAGGGACAGGCUCUCUGAAGGACACGAGCUCUGGGUGGCAUCUCCUGGACAUAGUGAAGAUGUGGAAAUCUCCUCUGCCCUUCCCUCUGUCCUCUUGAUGCCCUGCUACACCACUAUGUCCCUGGACACUGCAGCAAGUGGGAAUCUCAGGGGCUGGGGCAGGCUGUGUCCUUUCCUCACACCAGCAGCCAGACCUCGGCACGUCUCUCCUUCUCUCCUCAGCUCUCAACCCAAACAGUGCCCCUAUUUUUUAAUAUUUUCUUUUCUUUUUGCUGCAGAGGUGCUGGCUCUCUGAGUGCUGCUUUCACAACUUUCACAACCUUUUAUUUUUUUUCUGGACUACCCUCUGGAUGGGUGAGGAGGGACAGAGGACCUGCCAGUGCAGGUUUCAUGUCUUAGCAACACUCCCUGGGAUGGCCCUUCCCAGGUACAACACCUAAACCCCCCUGGUGCUUAACCUUGAUCUUCUUCCACUGUUUUAUUUAUGGGACCAAGCACUGGAGGCAUCACUGCACAGGAAAGGAUUUCCAGCAAAAAUCCAUCAAAAGAUAAAAUCCAUCUCUUCAAGGGAGCUGCCAGAGCUGCUGGGCAGAUCCUGGGACAUCCAAAGCACAGUCCCUGCUUCCUCUGGAUACAGCUACAGGCAGUGACUGCCAUUUACUUGAAUUAUGAGAAUUAAUUACUUUGUCUUAAUAAGGGCACUUUUCUUAAGCUUCACUCUUUUAUUGGGGCAGAAGGGAAACAAUAUUUGCUGUACCUCAGCUGAAAAGGAUGUUGUUUCUUGAGCCAAGUGGGAUUUUUUGCUGGUGUGAGGGUCACUGAUGAGCAGGAGCAUUCCUGCCUUGUGAGCCUGGGACUCUGCAUCCCUCUGUGAAGGGACCUACUCUGCUCUGGUACAGCCUUUGUCUUUGGGAUUGUGGUUUUUGCAUUAAUCCUGAGCAGGUUUUGUAUGGGAAGGUGGCACAACUUCCCUGUGCAAACAGAGAGGAGGCUGUACCAUUUCAGUGUGGACAGCUGGGAUGUUUUAAUUUGCUAUUCCAGGCUCCUUCUGUGGUUUUCACACUGCAUUUUCUGUUUGCUUUGUACCAUGCAGUACAAAACUGCUCACUAAGUCCAGAUCCCCCUCUUCUCACCCCAGUUUGUCCUGGGGAUUUUAAUUUAUUUGAUUUUUAUAUGGUUGCUUUUUGUUUUCAUUAGGAAAAAGGGGAAUAAUUUAUUUCUAGUUAUUUAAGUACUUUAAUGGGACUCAUUUUCUCUGGAUAUGGGAGAAAGGAGUGCUCUGUUUCCUGUCCUUCACAGGGCUGCCUCAUUUCACCAGGGGUCUCUGAACCCAGGGACAGCCCUGGCUGCUGCAAAAUCCAAUUUCAGCCUUCAGAGUGUUUCUCAGAUUCUUCAAAAAGAGUGUGUUGUCCUUUGACCCCUUUGUCUUGUUCUGGGCCACAAGCUUGACAAACUGUGUUUUCCCCCUCUUCUGGGAGAGAGAAGGGAGGAAAACUGGGCUGUAACUGCUGGACUGGGACAGCCACCAGCACUGUGUCCCCCUGUUUGAAUCCUUGGGUAUAGAGGGCUUGUGCUGUGCUCUGAGAAAUGCUGCUGGAGGCUCAGUGCUGUCUGUCUGUCUGCCAGAGGGGUCUGUCCAUGCUGAAAACUCUCCUCAAACCCUGCCCUUCCUCAAGCUGCUGGCUCCUGUGAGCUGCUGCUUCUUCCCUGGAGCUCAGGAGCUGUGAGGAUUCCAGGAUUUCCUGGAUGUGGGCACCCUUUUUGUGCAAAGCCCCUUUCCCCCCACCUUUGAAUUGGGAUUGCUCCAACACCCCUUGUCUGGGGUGCAGAGCAGGCACCACCAGCCUGGGUUUUUUCCAUAAAGGAAGGUUUUUUUCCCUCAAAGCUGUGCUGGUUUGGAGCCCCCAGCCCUUGGCUGAUCCC